AUGCUCGUCCCACCCAACAACUUUGGCAUGGUCGAGGAGGAUCUGUACCGCUCAGGAUCCCCAGACUCGAUCAAUUUCCCCUUCCUGGAGAUGCUAGGACUCAACAGUCUUGUCUGGCUCGCACCAGAGGAGCCCAGCCCAGAGCUCUUGACGUUCUGCAAUCAGAACUCCAUUUCCCUCUACCACCUCGGUCACCUCCACUCCACCUCAGCCUGGGAACCCAUCACAGAAGAAGUAGUCCUGCAGGCUCUCAACCUCCUCGUGCAGCCUGCCACGUAUCCUGCCAUUGUCAUGUGUAACCAGGGAAGACACAGGACGGGAACAGUCAUUGGGUGUUUGCGCAAGUUGCAGAUGUGGUGUCUCAGCUCCAUCCUCGAGGAGUACAGGCGCUUUGCGGGACCCAAGGUCCGAGUGAUGAACGAGCAGUUCAUCGAGCUCUUCGACAUCGAUCUAGUAUUCGAAUGA